CCACAACAGCUUGCAGCUUUCCAGAAGCCAGUCUCCCUAUUAUUAGAAACCACGAGAUCGUUCAUUAUUGUAUCUUGACAAUAUCUGGGUUACUUGGUGAGAGAGUUGUCAUAUCUGAUAACAUAUACAAAAGGAUCGGUCCCCGGAAUUUAGCUGAGGGUGGGUUUCUUGAAGUCCAGACAUUUCCAAGCUCGCAGUGCAUUACCAGACAUGAAAAUGGCAUUCCAUAUACACACCCUCUGGUUUAUGAUAGGUCUAUUCGCCCUAAGAGUGCUCGCUCAAUGUAGCAGCUUUGGAGUUGACUAUGUCAAUGGUGGAUCAUAUGACAUCGAUUCAACAUCGAAUAGUAACUUCACUUUCAUGACUAUAUUUCAAGGAUGCGAUCAAGAAUCUGUAACGCCACUCCUCAUAGGCCCCAAUGGAGCUCAGUACCCUUGCUCUGCUGUAAAUACAACACCCGCCGGUGAGCAGGUCACAUCUACAUGUGGUAUCACGUUCUCUGCCAUGGCUUCGGGUCUGUAUAAGAUCAUUAUGCAAGGGCAGAAUAUUGGUGUCCAAAGAACAAUCGCCCUGACAGCCGGUAUUCCGACUACGAUUACCUUCACUGCCACUCCUACUGUGAUAGUUGGUAUCACUAGUACCCCCGACGCAACAACCGUAUAUAAAACCAUUUCGCAGACUAAGACUACGACUUUAAAACCUGGAACAAUUAAGGCGCCUUGCGAUGGAAUUACACAGACAGUCACUAUCACGCCAGUAGCACCAACCGUAACCACCUUCUACACAAUCACUCGAACGGUCACAGAUAAGAAAACCACGAAGCAAACGACGACAACUCUCACGAAGACUGCAUCCUGCCAUUACCUCCCAAUUCCGACCUUGGUUCCGGACCCUUUACCCACCAUCUGUAUCGGACUUGCUUGUAUUCCACCUAUUCUCCCGCCUGGCCUCAUAGGUAAUCCUGGAUCACCCAUAAGCGACACGGUUUUAGAAACAGGCAAACCAGAUAAAAUUGCAGCACGUUCUCUACCAACGAGUACUAUCACGGUUACAGAGACUACGAUCACAGUAACUAGUACCAGCAUUACCACUAUUCCGGCCUCGACUACUACAGAGGAUGUUUACCAAACAAUUACGGCUACCAUAACGCCACCACCUACUACAGUAUGCGAUGGCCAGCGACCACCGGUUACAGCAACUGUCACCAAGCCAGUCGGCGUCGUCACGCAAACAGACGUCGCUUACGAUACUACACACAUAAAAGCGACAGUUUGGGUUGGGGUAACGAAGUAUAAAACUUCGACAGACGCUGACGUCGCGACUUCAUGCAUGGAGCACGGGGGUUGGUACGGUGCCGAUGAGUCCAAACCCACGGCAACUGCAUCGUGAAGCAUUGAGAUUCAAUUGUUAGUCGGAGUCCACAUGAAGAAGUGUGCUGGGUUGCGCAUGACUUAUAUACUAAAUUAAACCAUCAAUCCAUCACAUACGACCAUAGGAGCUAGAGAACUCGGGAUCCCGUCCGCUCUCCC